CAAAUCCCCUAUUUUAUCACCAACCAUAAAAAUGACAACCUUAAUCUCCUCUUCAAGGAUUUUAGGAUCUCUCACUUCUCCCUGCUUUCAACUGAAACAAAAAUUAAGAGACAUGGUGGACCUGAUGCCGAGUUUAAUCUGAAAGUCAAAGAAAAUAUCCAUAUGCCUGUCUCCAUCUUUAAGCUUCUUCUAAAGUCAACUAUCUCUCUUCCUCCUUCCGUAGAGAGUACUUAUUUUCAUUGCAUGGGGUUUGAGUUUGAUCCUAAGUCAGAUGACUACAAGGUUUUAGUGAAUGUUAUUAAUCGUGUCCACAAUGAAGAGAGAAUUAUCUCGUUCAAAUAUAUAAAUCAAAUUCAUUUAUACAGCCUAAGUACAGAUUCUUGGAGAGAAAUUUCUCACCCUAAGGUCCUUUUUUAUGGUCUUCAUCAUUUGUUUAUCACUUACAUAAACGGAACUUGCCAUUACAUAAAUGGAAUUUGCCAUUGGCUAGCAUUUGGUGAUAGUGGUGAUCUGAUCCUUUCUUUUGACAUGGCUGAAGAAGUUUUCUCAACAUCACGACUGCCAAAUUUUGGUAUGUCUAGGGCUGCGUGUUUUUGGUAUAUAGCUUCCUUCAAUGAAGCUCUUGCUACAAUUGUUCAUCCAAGAAGAGGCAUGGAAAAAUGCUAUGACAUAUGGGUCUUAAAUGGAUAUUUAUGGACUAAACAACUUACAGUUGGGCCUAUUCUUGGAGUUGGGAGGCCGUUGGUGUUACGACCCGAUACUCCCAUCGAGCCCGUGACAACGCCCGCGGUACACUGA